AUGAAUUAAAGCAAGAUAUGUUAGCUAUCAAAAAUGAAAUUGUUAGAAUGCAAAGUGAUACAGAAUGGAGGAGUGAAGUUCGAAGUAGAGGGCAAGCAUCUAUAACAAGUCUCAGGUCCGAAUAUUCUACUGAAAUCGAAACUCUCUGGGUUAAAUUUACUGCCCUAUUUGACGAGAGACGAAAAAGAGAAAAAAGUUCUCCCAUAAAAAUAUAUAAUACUUUAUCUAUAGAAAUUAAUCUCAGCUCAGCUACACUUGCCAACUUUUACCGCCAUCAGAAAACUUCAUUAAAAACUUCGUUGAACAAAAUUGAGGCUUGGAUCGAGAAAGAAAACCGAAAAAAAGAUAACUCAAUUAUCAUUAGUGAUAGUAGCGGUGGUAACAAUAAAGGUUCGGAGAGUCAUUUCCCACGAAAUGGUACCAAAG